CACACAUGCGUGGGCCAUGCAUCCUCUGCAAGCCUUAUCCCCUCCGGUUCUCAUCAUCCACGCCCACCCGUCCGCCUCUGCCUAUCCCGGUCCAUCUCCUCCGCCAGCAGAGCGCAGCCCGCCGACCGCCGCCGUGGCCCUGUCGUUGUCGUUGUCGCCGCCGCUGCAGAUCGACCUCCGUCCGCCACUCGCUAGAUUUCCGCCCACCAUGCCGACGGACACCGCGCUCCCCCUCUCCCUCGACCUCGAGGACUUCAAGGGGGACUUCUCGUUCGAUGCGCUGUUCGGGGGCCUGAUGGACGAGCUGCUCUCGGAGUACCGCGGGAGGAUGACGCCGCGCCCGCACCACCCCCGCGCCGCCGUCUUCCCCGCCAUCGAUGAGUUUGUUUUUUGGAACCCACCAUCGACGAGUUGCUCAGGCUGUUCCAGCGCUCGUGCAAGGAGCUCGUUGACCUCCGCAGGCAGAUUGACAAGCAACUCCAGAACCUGAAGGAGGAGGUGGCCGUACAGGACGCUAAACAUUGGAAGAUGCGGACGAGAAGACCUGCGCUCAAGCCAAACAACUCGCUCGUUUGCAAACUUCGCGCAGUUCCUCUACCUCGUGCAAAACAACCACGAUCGGUAGGUCCCCUCAGCUACGCCUACCAACUGCUCGACGAAUUGACAACACAACCGCGAUUACUGCUACUUCGAGCAAAUUUGGCUACUUAAUACAUCACACUAGGAAAAAAUAUGUUAAGAACAAAGGCAACUCAGUGCAUUUGUCUAGGCAUUUUUUUUUCUGAUUUCAUAUGCGCAACUCAAUGCAUUUUAUCUAGGCAAUAAUGUGCAAUAAUGUGUUAAGAACAAGGCAAAUCAAUGCAUAUAUCUGGUGCUCCUUCUGAUUUUUAUAUAUGCAACUCAAUAUAUAUAUCCAGGCUAUAAUGUGUUAAGAAUAAGGCAACAAUAUGUUAUUAACAAGGUAGAAUAAUUCAAGUUCUUAGGCAAUGUUAUCUAUCGUGCCUCACUGUUUUUCACUGUACUACAGGUAUCCAGCAGGAAAGGAAAACCGCGUGAGCUCAAAUACUAAAAGUAUAAAGCUGUUGUGCUUUGCCUUCCCAAAACAGUGCGUCCAUACAGACAGGCUAAUUUUAUGGCCCGUCGUUAAUUAGCUAGGUCCUAUUAUAAAGAACCCCAUCACAUAGUGUUAUUAUUUAGGUAAAUUAAUGUGUUGACACCUUUUUUUGACACGAGUCAAAGAAGGUGAUUUUUGUGGAGGGAAGGUGGCCGAUUUGGAAGAAACCAAAAGAGGCACAGGAUUGGAAAUCGGCUGAUGGAGUGCGUCCGAUGGAACAGAAGAAUAUGCUUUGAAGAUGUUGAUCCACUAGCUCUGGUAUCCGGCCGAUAGAGAGUUGCCGAUGAAGUCAAGGAAAGAGAAGAGGAUCCGGACUCUACGAAAAUCUUGAUGAUUCGGUUGUAAUAUGUUAAGUAGUUUAUCUUUUAAAUAGUCUUUUCUUUAGGGUCAAGUAAUGUUUGCCGUAAUCGGCUAGGACUUGAUAGCGUUAGGCUAUAUAUACCAGUUGUAAACGACCGGAAAAACUUGAUACACAUCCAAUACAACAAACUUUACAAUUUCUUUGUA